AUAUUUGCUAUCUAUCUGAGAGAACCAUACUUGAAUGUGUGUGGACCUGCAGAUAUCAACCAAUACCUUCUUUAUUGUCAUAGUCACUUCUUUUAAAAUCUUGGUAUACAGGUCACGACAUCCUGGGGAUUUGUUGGCAAUUUGGAUUUCUCCAAUACUAGUUUUGUUUUUAUUAAUGCUAAUUUAUCUCUGCACUCAAGACCUUUAUUUCUCCACGACUAGGAGCUUUGGUUUGUCUUACAUGAAGAUACGCUCAAAAUCUUGGUUUAAGGUUCUUGCCAUUCUCUUAGCCCCCAUUAUAAAUAUUUCCAUCGUCUGUUCUUAGUUGCCACCAAUAGAUUGCUUUGCAGCGGAAGGUCGGCAAGAAGAUAAGAACUGAGCAACCAUGAAGAGUAAGUGUGACCACAGACAAGAGGAAAUUCACUAUUCAUGGUCCCCGAAUAUACUUACAUCGGUUUGAUAGAAGGUGAUUAAGACUGUAUUGUGGGAAGAUAAAACUGAAAAGGAAAUGCUUUUUUUCCCCCAUGACCAAAAAAGCAUAUAAAAGCAGAUCAUUGCACCUUCCCAUCAGAUCAGCUCUACACUCUCUUGAUCUCCUGAGGAUUGCCACCCGCUGCUUUACAUCAGUAGAAUGAAGCAAAUCAACUGUAGGAUUCUGCCCCUGGCAAUGUUCAUAGGACUGCUGAUGCUGAGCACCAUGGAAAAGUUCCCAUUUGCAGAUGCUCAAUCUCCAAUUGACUGUUGUCUAUCAUAUACCUCAAAACCUUUACCUUCGAAGCUAAUUAGAGGCUACGUGAGACAGUUUUCAAAUGAACUCUGCAGCAUUGAUGCAGUCAUAUUUUACACAAGGAAACGCUUAAGUAUCUGUGCAAACCCUGAAGAUAAGUGGGUGAAAAAUGUAAUCGGAGUUUUUCUGAAGAAAGAAAUGAAACAGAAAUGAGAGACGGAAUCACCCCAAUUCCAUGGGAACUAGGAAAUCCGACUUUCAUAAUGUGAUGGAAAAAGACUAUUGUACUGAUUUUUAAUUUGUAAUUCACUUUGGUAUGUGAUUUGUACACCUCUCAUCUCAUCCUUCAGAGAUACACAGUUUUUGACUUUCCGUCUCUCCAGAGAUGCUGCCUGUCUCACUGAGUUACUCCAGCAUUUUGUGUCUACCCAGAUUUUGAUUUUGUAAGCUAUUGUUCCUAAAAAUCAUUGUGAGUGCUUUAUUCAUCGUGUAUUUUACAGGUCAAUAAACAAUCUCAUAACAAUAUUUUGACCAUUUUGAUAUUGAUGUAUUCAUAUUUGAAUUAAACUGUUUCAUUUAUUAAGUUUAAA